GUCUGGUGCGCGAACAUGUCUACGGAGGCCGCCCUGAGCGACGUGUCGAACGUCGCGUCGCGGCUGCUGAGCCUGCGGCUGGCGGCGCACGCCGAGGACGAGCGCGACGCGGCCGAGAACGCGGCGGCUGGCGGCUCGACGGCGGCGGCCAGCGUGGCCGACAGCGGCAACGGCAGCAGCGGCGGCGGGGCGUCGCCGUUGCGGGAACCGCUGCGGAACAUCACCCUCUCCCGGGCGCGGCGCGCGCUCAACUUCGUCGGUGACGAGGACCAGCCGCAGAGCUCGUCGUCCGCCGCGCGCAGCGAGGCCUCGUUCGCCAACAGCGACAACCGGCCACCCAUUAAUGCGGCGAAUACAUCGUAUUUGGAAGGACGAGCGCAGAAUAACGCCACUCUGGAGAACUCCACCACGCAGAAUCAGCCGGCGGUCAUGUACAACUGGCAAGGUACAAAGGCGACGAUGCGCGAGAGGAUUGUAUUCCUCUUUAACAAUGAGAUACUAUCAGACGUGACCUUUCUGGUGGGGCGAGGGGCGCAGCAGCAGCGCAUACCGGCCCACAAACUAGUCCUGUCCUCUGGAAGUGCCGUAUUCGACGCGAUGUUUAACGGAACGCUUGCGACAGCUUCUUCGGAAAUAGAAGUACCUGAUGUCGAGCCCGCCGCGUUUUUGGCGGUGCUCCUUUUUCUAUACACUGAUGAGAUACAGAUAGAUCCUGAAACUGUGAUGACGACGCUGUACACCGCCAAGAAGUACGCGGUGGCCGCUUUAGAGAAGCAUUGCGUUGAUUUUUUAAAGAAUAACUUGACGAGUGAUAACGCUUUCUUGCUGUUGACGCAAGCCCGCUUGUUUGACGAGCCGCAGUUAGCCUCGGUAUGCUUGGACACCAUAGACAGAUUCACGACUGAGGCCUUCAAUGCAGAUGGAUUCACGGAUAUUGAUAUUGAUACAUUGAUGAUAGUCUUAGAGAGAGAUACUCUUCGCGUUAGGGAAUCUAAACUGUUCCAAGCUGUUCUAAGGUGGUCAGAAGCCGAGUGUGUAAGGCAGCAGUUACCAGUCAGUCCGGAAAAUCAACGUCUGGUCUUGGGCGAUGCUUUGUCUUUGGUUCGUUUUCCCCUUAUGUCUAAGGAGGAGUUUACAGCGGGUCCAGCGCAGUCUGGACUGUUAAAUUAUUCAGAGGUCUUAUCUUUAUUCUCAUAUUUUAUACUGAAUCCCAAGCCUUCGGUGGGGUUUCAAACGAUGCCGCGGUGUUGUAUGACAGGCAAGGAGCAGACUGUAUGCAGGUUUCAACAUACAAAGAGUAGAUGGGGAUAUUUUGGAACUAGCGAUCGCAUACGAUUUAGCGUGGACAGACGUAUCUUUCUGCUUGGCUAUGGAGUUUACGGUAGCACGCAAGAGCCAGCGAUAUAUGAGGUGACAGUCGAAUUAAUUCACACUGCGUCGGGAAAAGUGAUAGCUACAAAUGCAACAAGUUUCAGCUGUGAUGGAUCAAAGUACACAUACCGUCUAAUGUUUAAAGAGUUAGCGGAAAUCUUACCAAAUACGAUUUAUACGGCAUCAGCAACUUUCAAGGGGCCAUACUCAUAUUAUGGCACAAAAGGAAUGAAGACCGUGCUGGUGGAUUGUGAUUCGGGAAACGGGAAGGUGAAAUUCAAAUUUAGCAGCGAGUUGGGAGAUAAUAAUGGCACAUCUACCGACGAAGGUCAAAUACCCGAGCUUAUCUUUUACACGUAAUAUCAUUCGCGUAUAAUGACAUUCCUGGUACUUGCUUGACUGAAUAUCAGAUAAAUUAUAUAAAUCAUGUAUGAAGUAUGCCGGAUUUUGUCAAUUAAUAUAUCUUGUGAUCGUUUAAAGCAGACUUGAUUUAAAGAGGUGAUCUGUGGCCAUGCCAAAGGAGUUAACCCAAGAUUCUUUCAUAAUUUCUAUAGAUGAUGGUUUCACUGAAUAAUAAGAUUUGGUAAAUUCAACACUUAAGAGAUACGCAAAUCUUAUAAUAGUGUCCCCGCAAUACAUCAAAACGAUGCUACUGUAUGCAUUUUGAUCUUUUGGCAAAUACGGAAUGUACUAUUCAUCUUUCAGAUAUUUAAAUAUUAAGAUUGUUUGAAUAUAUUACCUGUAGUUGAUACGUUAAUUAUUGAUUAAUUAUACAAGUAAGGUCGAUGUUUAGAAUUGGAGAUGUAUAAUCUAUUUUUCUAUCGUUUUAAUUGAGAUCUGUGUAAACCAAAAAAAAAUAUAUAGUUGUAUAACAAAUGUUGAAAAAGAUCAUGAAAAUAAGUGCAAGAGGGAGGGACAUUAAACCAUGUGCACGCUCU